UGCAAAGCAAACAUGUUGGACUACGAAUGGGAGAAUCCUUCUUCCCUUGUUCUCUCCGGGGAUGACCGAAACCCGGGCUCUGUCGACCCGACCCGCCCCCUCUCCUUUUUCGACCCCUCUCAUUUCAACAACGACCGUCACAUUACCCUUUCUCCUCCCCUCUUCUCUUCUAACCAUCAUCAUCAUCAUCAUCAUCAUCUUACUCCUCCUCACACCUCCGUCUACGCUCACACCAACCACUUUCAUCACCAAGCCUUCUACGACCCACGCUCCCCUUCCCCUUCCCCUUCCCCUUACCCCUCCGAUCCCAUCUACCACCCCCACUCUUCCGCUCCUGCCCCCCUCUUCUCCUACGACCUCCACGCACCCGCCGCCUCCUCCUCCUCCUACAACUUCCUCAUCCCCAAGACCGAAGUCGACUUCACCUCCAACCGGAUCGGCCUCAACCUCGGCGGCCGCACUUACUUCUCCGCCGCCGACGACGACUUCGUCAGCAGGCUUUACAGGCGCUCCCGCCCCGGCGAGCCUGGCAUGGGGAACUCGCCGCUGAGCACUCCCCGGUGUCAAGCUGAGGGUUGCAGCGCCGAUCUGAGCCACGCCAAACACUAUCACCGCAGGCACAAAGUGUGCGAAUUCCACUCUAAAGCAUCCACCGUGGUGGCUGCCGGACUUAGCCAGCGCUUUUGCCAGCAAUGCAGCAGAUUCCAUUUGUUGUCGGAAUUCGACAACGGGAAACGUAGCUGCCGUAAGCGACUUGCUGACCAUAACCGGCGCCGGCGUAAAUGUCACCAGUCAGUCUCCGCUGCUGCCGCCGCCGCCGCCCACGACACUGGCAAGCCAACUCCAAGGUCACCGAAUGAAUCGGGUAUCAUGAAAUCGUCGUCACCGGGCAAGGCAACGCCGACGAUAUCAUUGGAGUGUUUCCGGCAAAGGCAGUUCCAAACGACGACAGCUAAUUCGUCCUCCACGUCAGCGUCUUCAUCCUCCAAUUCAAUGUUUUUCUCAAGCGGAUAGCUUUAAUUUACCUAUCCGUACCGUACGUUUUUUUAAAAUUAAUUAGUAUGUCAAUGCUUAAUUAAUUACGAGCUUAAACUAGUAGUCGCGCUGGCUAGCUAGCUAUCAUCAUUUUAAAAUAUUAUUAGUCUGAUAAUGU